CUGUUUGGUUUCUACCAAUAAGAAAAGAUCUAGUCCAAUUAAGAAUCUGGGAUGAAACACCAUGUUCCUGAAGUGUAUAUAGAAGUUUAAGAUGGUUAACUUUAUCGAAAGCUUUCGAAAAGUCUAGCAAUAUCAGAUCUGUCUGUUUCCCUUUUGCCAGAUUAUUAACAAGAAAGUCUGUCAAUUGAAGAAGCUGCGUUUCACAAGAACGCAGUUCUCGGAACCCAUGCUGGAGGUCGUAAAGAAUUUUGUUUUCUGUAAAGUGAGAAGAUAGGGCAGACGCAACUAUAUGUUCGAGAGUUUUGCAUAAGAUACAGGUCAAAGAAAUUGGGCGGUAAUUUGCUGGGUCAGUGAUGUCUCCCUUCUUAAAAAGAGGGCAAACAAACGCAGAAGUCCAAUCAGAUGGGAUUUUUCCAGAAGACAAGGACUUUUGGAAUAAGACUGACACAACAUCAGCAAUUUCAUGGCUUAGUUCUUUUAAGACAACAGGUUUAAGGAGGUCAGGGCCAGAGACAAACAUUUAAAAGGUUGUAAAAAUGAUAUAUCUGUGAGAGUGCAGCUUUAAGUAUAAAUUUACAGUAUUUAACGGUCUCUAUUAUAGAGUAUUUUCCCUUUUGGUAUCAUACCGGACAUGUUUACUUCCCCUAGUUAUCUAAUUCCAUUUGCAAACAAUCAAUACUUGGAUGUAUUCGUUGUGUUAAAUUACCUGUUAAAUAAAUGUAGUACGCCCAGCACAUUUGGUUCGGGGGAUUUGUGACUGAAUCAAAGUGGAUAAACCAUCAAAGUCAGUGUGUAUGCACUUCUUGUACUGAUUUAAGUGUAAGGUAUUUAAAAUGGAAGAGAUUCAUCGGGAAACGCUGCGGUUGAACUGGCUGUAUUUGAACGAAAACCUGACAAUGAACGAGAUUCUGGACUAUCUGGUAGAACAAAUGGUUCUCGUUGAUGAUAUGUAUGAGGAGAUUAAAGCUGAGAGAACUAACAAGGAGAAAAUAGCCAAAUUUUUAUUUAUUCUUCAAAGGAGGGGACCGGACGCUUUCGGCAAAUUCAUGGAAGGACUUAGAAACUCUAAACAAAGUUUUAUUGCGGACAAACUUGAAAACACGUGUGCUUCUUUGCGUGGUCAAUGACUAUGAUCCUCAUUGUGACAAUAUCAAAGUUUGCAUUGUUCUUGUUGGACGAGUCAAAUUGUUUUACAUGUUAGGAGUGAAGUUAUAGAAUCUACGGGCAGGUCUUCAUUAUUGUAUAAUAUGUCAUUGUGUUUUUACUUUAUACGACUUUCUAGCACACCGGAUCCGGUGAAUUUAGCCGUGCUGGAAAAUCCCAUCUGGCAUCCCCCCAUGCCAGAUGAGUCACGCGCUGUGACGGUAGUUCAGGUAAGCUCGACCAGCAACCUCAACGUAAAUACACGGGACCGGGAACAGGCUGAAGAUUUUACCGACGCCGACGAUGGUUUUAAUAAAAACCACAACCAACAGGAACAUUGCAGUUUGAGUUUUGAUGCGUUGCCCCAAUAUCUGCAGUUUCCUAUAGACUACGCGGCGUACAAUGUGGUCUAUUGUCCGUCAGACAACGACCCGUACUGUUUACACUGUGAGGUUGGUGGUGAGGUAGUCAAAUACAAGAAAGACGCCAGGAUAUGGCUCCACAAAAGCAGUGAUAAUAACAGAAUACAUGCUAGUAAAAAUACGAACACUCCGGAAACGAGAAAAGCAACUGCAAAUGAAGAUGAUUCUAACUAUGAUGAUAUUAAGCGACGUCUAGGGAAAAUUCAACACUAUUUUCAAAACGUUUGUGCCUCAAAUGUUGGUUACACUCACGGCCCUUAUAGAACAGCCGUCGGUAUUGACAGCGACAUUUCUUCUCUCGGUGACUCGGACGCCGACCUGACAUAUUCGGAGGAGUCCAGUCCGUCUCAUUCCAUUACAAACACCAAUAUUCACACGACAAAGUUGGAUUCCCGUGUUACAUUCGCAGACAUUAACGAGCAUGCCAAUAUUACCCAGAAUGAGAGUUUAUCCAACACGUCGAUGAUCUUGGAGACUGAUAUCGCUGAUCCCUCCGAAAUACAAGUCGAUGUCUCAGAUUCGCACAUGUGCACGGAGAACGCUAGCGGAAACAACAGCCGGAGCGGACUGACUUCCUGUGAGGUGGCAAGGCGGCUAGCGCCGGCCAUCGAUAUGGAACACGAGUCGCUAUCGGACGGCCUUCUGGACAGCGCCGUGAACAGCUUCAUCACCGACCACACCGUCGGAGCGUUCCGCCGCCGCCGACAACGAAGGGGUACAGGGGUCCCGUACACAGUAGGUGGCCCCGUAACGAGGUCUCGGCGCCAGGCGGAACGGGACAAGAUGGCCUUCUAUAACCUCCGCUCCCGCCCCGUCAAACACAAACGGAGACAGAGCGAGAAAUGUAUCUCCUACGCCAGGCCCGGGUGUUCCCGUUGCGACAGAUUUCAACAGGACAAGAAUUCCAACACCAACAGCAAUGUGGACAGCGAGUCGGAACCCAUUGGUGACGUCAUUCAUUACGUCACAGUGUGCAAUAAUGUUCCAAAGACGUACCGUGUGCCUACCCUAACUACCAUAGCCGCUGAAGUUCUGAAAAAACUGCAUUUACGACAAACAUUCUAA